AUGGGAGCAGAAUCUUCAUCGUCAGCGAAGAAACCCGAAAUUGUCAGUCUAACCAAAGAACAAGUUCGAAGAGCUACUGAAUUACUAAAGAAACACGUCAGUGGGAAAGAAUUCCUGAACAAACAUCAGUUUCAGGAAAUUUAUUCGGAGCUCCAACCCAUAACUUCCUUAUUGUUCGACGUGGUGGAGGACGGAGGUCGGUGCUCAUUCUCGAAUUUGCUUCUUUUGGCUGAUGGACUGCUCGGUGACGCAAGUUCACAAUCGGCAACCUUACUAAGACUAUUUGGCACUACAGGGAAGGCACUAGAACGUAUUGUGUCGGUCUAUGCUAACCGAAAUGGGCUCAGUGACAGCGAUUCAUCUGCACUUCUCGAAUACUUAAUGCACGAAGCUCCCACUGAAGCGCGUUUUGAUCGAUGGUUAUUAGGGCAUUCAUUGGCCGCUCAACUGGUACUACAUGUAUUUGCACCACUCAUUUUCGAAAAGGGCCCAUCGCUUCAUCCAUCCACACCAUGUGAAUCAUCACUGCUCACUCACAGUGCCGUCAUGGUCAUAAAUAUGCACCUACCGAGCGAAAGAAGAAAGCAUUGGUCAUUACUUUUCUCCAGCUCGCUUCAUGGGUCGAGUUUCUCCCAAAUGACUAAACGAAUCAAUGAAGAAGGUCCAUGCAUCGUCGUUGUCAACUCAUCUAACGGCAGUAUUUUUGGUUGUUUUGCUUCCGAAGGUUUCCUUAUGGGACCAAAUUACCAUGGGGACGCGACCUCAUUCUUAUUCGAGGUGAAACCUCAAUUACGAAUAUUUUCUGCCACUGGAAUGACCAAUGACUAUGCUUAUCUCAAUGUUCAACAAGUUAGCUUACCAAAUGGUUUGGGUAUGGGAGGUCACGAGACGGUGUGGCCAUUUUUCAUUGAUGAGGACUAUGGAACGGGAACUUCUAUGGCCAAUAUUAGCUCUUUUGAGAAGUGCCACCUUGCUGGAUCUGAUCAUUUCGAAAUAAGCAAUCUGGAAGUCUGGCGUGUAGGUGACAAACCUCCUAUGCCCUUUGGAGACGAGAUCAAACGAAGUGAAAAGUCGAUAAUUGAUAAGGACCCAGAAGCUGUAGCUUUGUUGGAGUUGAGUGGUCGUACAAUGCACUCUGAAGCUUAUCGGGAACCAGCGCCUUUGCUAGACGAGCCAUUUGAACUCUAG